AUGGCUGCUUAUGCAGCUCUGGUUUCUCUUAUGCAGAUUUUGGAUCAGAUCGAGCAUCAUCCUUCCCUUCCAAUUUCUGUGGACAAAAAACAAGUUGAAACUCUCACUGAUAUUGUUGUGUUCUUGCAGGAAUUUCUUGAAGGCUACAAGUCUCCUUAUGCUGACGGUGAUGAAGCAGAUCCCUUGGAGAUGCGCAUCGCUUAUGCAGUUUACACAUCUGAAGAUGCCAUCGAAUCUCACAUUGCCGAUCAAAUUCUUCUAACUGCCUCUAAAGAUAAAAGGGAUUGGAUUGGAUUCUUCAAUUGCUUUCGUAGUCGAAAGGAGCCCACAAAUGAUGGCCCGAAAAUCACUUCAAGGGACUUGUACGAGAGUCUGGUGAAGUUGAUAGAAGAUCUGGAGUUGAUCAAGAAAGAAGUGAUGGAGAUCGUUGCAAUCAAACAUCAGCUGCAGAGACAAGUCUCAGUAGUUGCUGGUUCCUUAAUGUUAAGGAACAACUCUUCGCCAUCUUCUUUCUCUAGGAUGAACAACACAACCAUGGUUUGCUUUGAUGAUGUAAUGAUUCAACUCAUGGAGAAGCUCAUUUACGGAAAACCUGGUCGACAAGUCAUCCCACUCAUAGGAAUGGGAGGAAUUGGUAAGACCACUCUUGCCGAACAUGUUUAUGCACAUCCAUCUAUUACUCACCAUUUUGAUAUAUGCGCUUGGGUUACAAUUUCUCAACAAUAUAACACAAAAGAACUUUUUUGUGAAAUUCUAUUCCAAGCCGAUAAACAAAUGUUGAGCGAAAAGAGAGAAGAUGAAAUAGGGCUUUCACUCCACAAAUGUUUAUCAAAUAGAAGGUAUCUAAUUGUGUUGGAUGAUAUGUGGAGUAUUGAAGCGUGGGAGAAGAUACAACUCUAUUUUCCCGACAAUAGUAAUGGUAGUCGGAUUGUUGUGACAACUAGACUAUCUAAUUUGGGAUCUCAAUUGGAUAACAAUUAUAGUUUUGAAAUGAAAUUUCUGAAUGAAGAAAGUAGUUGGAAUAUGUUUUGCCAAAUUGUAUUUGGGGGAAAAGGUUGUCCUUUACAAUUGGAGAUAAUUGGAAAGAAGAUUGUGGAGAAUUGUAGAGGACUUCCAUUAUCAAUUGUUGUGAUGGGAGGCCUUCUUGAAAAAUUGGAACGAACCACGGAAUGUUGGGAAUCUAUUAGGGGAAGCAUAAAUUCACUAGUGAAUUUGGAAAAUGAUAAGCAUUGCUUGAAAAUACUGAAGUUGAGCUACAACCAUUUGCCAGUUUAUCUUAAGCCGUGCUUUGUACAUAUGGGAAUGUUUGAGGAGGAUAGUAAAAUUCGAGUCUCAACACUCAUCAAGCUAUGGGUUUCUGAAGGAUUUGUAAAACCUGUAAAUGGCAAAAGUUUGGAAACAAUAGUUAAAGAGUACUUAGAUGAAUUGGUUGCGAGAAAUCUAAUUCUUGUUCACGAGUUUGGAAGAACUGGAAACAUGAAGUACUUGAAAAUUCAUGAUUUGUUAAGGGACCUUUGCUUGAGAGAAGCUGAAAAGGAGAGGUGUUAUCAUGUGGUUGGGCAACAUAAUCCUCUAGGCGUGUCUAUCCAACGCCGUGUAGUUAUUCGGAGAAGCACUUCAGAGAAGGAAGUCCGUGAUGCCGUGAGAUCUAAACCACAUGUCCGUUCCUAUAUAAGUGAUUAUGAAAGAUCUCUAUUGUUGCCCGAUUUAAGAUUUUCCGAUCCAAAUGGACAUGAGUAUUCCCUGAGAGAAUUGUUCAAGUUGGUUAAUUUGAGGUUUCUUGCUGUUUGUUAUAAAGAAGGUUCCCAACUUCCUUCUUCCAUCAAUCACCUCUGGAGCCUUCAGACAUUAAUUUUUCAUUCUCCAUACCUCGUGGAUUUAUCUAAGCCCCCAGAAUACAUGAAUGCACCGGUUGAAAUUUGGAACAUGUUUCAACUUAGGCAUGUCGAUUUCUAUAUUUGUGACUGGCUCAACGAUGGAGGAUUGCAUCUCCCAGAUCCUCCGAGUGACAAGAUUGUGAUCAUGGAGAAUCUACAAACCCUCAAAGGAGUAAGAAAUUUCAAGUGUGAUGAGAUGAUGGUUCGUAGAAUUCCCAAUAUAAAAAAAUUGGGACUAUUUUUCUUCAUACCUGAGGGAAUUGAUUCUGAUGACGAUGAUGAUAUUGAGUAUGGUGAUGACUAUUGUCUCCACAACAUCGAACGCCUGCAAAAGCUUGAAUCUCUUAGCUGUAAAGGCCAUCUUAGGAGUGCUUUGUUGCAAAAGCUUACCUUUCCACACUGUCUUAUGAGUCUGUCUCUUUCAACUUUUACAAAUAGAAUUGAAGACAUAUUGGAAAAGUUAAGUACAUUACCCCUUCUUCAAAAGUUCAAGUUGCAUGGUGGAUAUUUCAGAACAGGCAAAUGGGAAACAAUGGAAGGCCAGUUCCCCAGUCUCAAAUAUUUGGAACUUGGCUGGUGUAGUGGCUUGAAAUGGUGGAUGACGGAGAGCUCUCACUUCCCAUACCUCGAGCACCUUAGUCUUUCCGGGGUAUCUUUGAAGGAGUUCCCUGCGGAACUUGGUGAAAUUCCGACACUGAAAUCUGUGAGAAUAUAUCGUUGCAGUGAAGAAUCAGUGAUAAGUGCGAAGAGAAUGGUCGAGGAACAAGAGGAAUUACAAGGAGAAGAAGAAUUAUCUUUUAAAGUUUCCGUUAUCCUCAGCAAGCACUAUCAUGAGGACAGUUUUAUGAUGACCUUAGCAAAUCGCAACUUUAAAUUUACAUAG